GCCUAAGCGUUGCCAUCUAAAGGUGCGAUUUGAAAAAAAGGGUUACAAGAAUCACCUACGGCCUAAACUACUGGCACGGUAUCUCAAACACGCACACACGCACGCACGUCUAUGGCAAAGUACAGACUGGUCGGGUGACCACUGGGUGCCGCCUCUGGAUGAAACACGGAAGAGUUCAUUCAAGAAAUUGGGAGAGAGCGAGGCGGAGAGAGACCGAGGGAGAGAGAAACACGGAGCGCGCUGGUGCAGUUUCAGUAAUUACGAAAUGUCUAGGACCAAGUGAAGACGAGGCAAAUGCACCCACUUAAAAACUUUCGUUGUGUGUCUCUGGACUGCUGCUGAAAUGUCGGGAAACGAAAAACUUUACGGAUUCUUUGUAGUUUUGUGGAUACUUUCAGCGUUCGGUGAAAACCUCGAUGACGGGUGUGGCCACGCGGUGCUGGGCCCAGAAAGUGGUGUGUUGUCGUCCAGGAACUACCCUGGGACCUACCCCAACCACUCCUGGUGCGAGUGGCGCAUCCGGGCGCCGGAGGGCUCUAGCCUGGUCCUGGCGCUGGCCGACCUGGACGUGGAGGCCACCGACUGCGAGGGGGACUUUCUCCGGGUCGUCAAGAUGGGCUACGGAGGGGAGCAUGACCCUACAGGAGGACAGAAGUACUGCGGCAACUUGCGCUCCAAUCCCAGAGAGAUCCUGACCGCCUCCAGUCACGUCACAGUCCAGUUCCAGAGCGGACAGCACCUGUCUGGACGAGGGUUUCUGCUCUCCUACUACACAGGAGACCCCAAAGAUCUACUGACAUGCUUGGACAAAGGCAGCCAUUUCCAAGCCUCCAAGUACAGGAAGUACUGUCCGGCAGGAUGUCUAGGUGUGGCCGGGGACGUGUCUGGGGACAUAUCUCAGGGGUACAGACAUACGUCAGUGCUGUGUAAGGCUGCACUCCAUGCAGGGGUCAUCCAGGAUGAGCAGGGAGGAUGGGUCAACGUGGAGACCCGCAAAGGCCUGAGUCAUUACCCUGCCAUCAGAGCCAAUGGGAUCCAGUCCAAGGAUGGCUCUUUGUCCGAUGUUCUCUUCACCUUCGUCACUGAUGACUGUAGGAACGGUUCGGUGCUGCGACCCAUCUCCCGUACCUUCAGCUCGCGCUGGCACAAGGAGGCGGAGCCAGGACAGACACAGGACCGGACAGCCAAUGAGAGCAGCGACUCCUCCAGGGUGGAGGCCCCGGAGCCCUCUGGGAGGGCUGGAGGAGCGGGGGCGCUGAGGGGGCGCUCCUGGGGGGCAGGGGAGGACAACAACAGUCUGCCGUGGCUCCAGAUGGACCUGGGAGAGAAGAAGAAGAUCACGGGGAUCAUCACCAGCGGUUCCACGGCUGGCCACGUCAGGAGCUACAAGGUGCUGUACAAGGAGAAGAACCGCUGGAAAACCUACACGCAGAACAGCAGCUCCGAUUUCACGGUGUUGGAGGGGAACCAGGAUAGUGUCCACGACACCAGGACCAGCCUGCACCCCCCCAUCGUGACUCGCUCCCUGCGUCUCGUCCCCCUCACCUGGCACCAGCGCGUCGCCAUGACGGUGGAGCUGCAGGGCUGCACGCACCUCGGAGUCAACGUGUCGUCCCAGGUGACGUUGGAGACCAUGCCAACCAAGCCCAAGCCACCAACGGUAGGCCAAGAGAUGACUGAGCCUGUUCCCUCCCAUGCAGACCUAGUGAAACUGGUGAUCAUCAUCGUUCCUACAGUCUUAUCUGUGGUGCUGUUAUUGACCGGGGUGUGUGUGUGCAAAAUGCUGCAGAAGAAGAAGACCAAAGAGAGCUCCUAUGGAUCCUCUGAUGUCCAGACAGGCUGUUGGAAGCAGGUGAAGCACCCCUGCACCAGACACCAGUCUGCAGAGUUCACCAUCAGCUACAGCCCCGACCAGGACCCCACACACAAACUAGACCUGGUCACCAGCACCAUGGCAGAGUGCCAGCAGCCCUUGAUGAUCGGCAUCGGGACCGUAUCCAGGAAAGGCUCCACCUUCCGGCCCAUGGACACCGACGUUGCCAGGGACGACGGCAACGACCCGGCGACCCAUUACGACUACCUCCACACGUCCAAUCAGUACGCCCUGCCCCUGACCAACCAAGAGCCCGAAUACGCCACGCCCAUCAUCGAGCGCCACACCUUCCGCAAAGACGUCGCCUUCCUCUCCGACCCGUACAGCGUGCCGGGCGCCGUGCUGCCCAGGAGCCCUUCCCACAAGGCCGUGGAGAGCGGGGGCCCCAGGAGGCCAGGGGUGGGGGCACCAGUGGGGUACCAGACCCCCCAGGUGAAAGCAGACAGGGGGAGACAGAACUCUGAGGGGGUGUACGACUGCCCCAAAAGGACCCAGGGCAAGGGGCCUUCAGAGUACCAGAGGCCCCAGGCCAAGCCCUCGGCCCUGGAGAGCUACUCCAGCCCCAGGGACUGUGUGAGGGCGGGCUUAGCCCACCCAGGAGUGAACCCCCUCAGACCCAGCCCUGAGGGCAGCUCUGGAGGCUCUGAUCUGGGAUCUACUCGUUAGGUCUGGAGGGUACUUGACUCGCUCAGGUCAGACGAUCUGGGGAUCGACAUGGCGGGUCUGCGUGGACUCGGAUCGGGUGACCUCUACUGUGAUUUAUUUCCUUAAAAAUAAUUUUAAAAAUCUGUUCCACUGGGUAAGAUUCAUAUCUUCGAUAGAGUGUAUAAAGAAGGAAGGGAUUCUGGACAUUGGUUACCAAGGUAAAGUUACAGACCAUCGAUGUGAGGUACCAUGUGCUUCCUUCUUUAUAGCUUUCUUUGCCACCACCCCCCCCUUCCCAGGACCGGACCCCCUCUCUGAGCUGAAUGUGGCCAGCUGGGAGAGUGGGGAGGGGGCAUUCGGGGGGGGGGGGGGGGGGGGGAUCAUAAACCUGCUGCCAACCUUCCUCCCCGUGAAACGUCCAUCUUGUCAACACAGCGAGGGCCUCAGUCGUAGGAGGGGUGGACGUGCCGUGAUGCCGAGGCUGUGCCAUCGCCCUGCAGACCGCUCUGGACAAGACUGUCUUUAGAACAGAGGGAGGAGGGAGGAGGGGAGCUGAAAGGCUCAGUGUCUCCCUGGACACACUCAUCUACAAUCAGGCCCUUGUGGCUGCCGUCACAGGUGGGCCUAAUGCCAACGCCUGCGUCUCUCUCUCUCUCUCUCUCUCUCUCUCUCUCUCUCGCUCCCUCUGUUUGCCUCUGUGUACUGUAUCUAUGUCUCUCUCUCUCUCCCCCCCCUCUCUCUUUACAUCUGUGUCCGGCUGUGUCCCGUGCCCCGUCUCUCUCCGCCGGAUGCGUCCUGAGGCUCAUUGGUCAGUCUGUGACAGGACGACAGGAGAAAGAGAGAGACAGAGAGAGAGACACAGAGAGAGAGAGAUGUUUUUAAAUUCCCCUCAUGUUGUACUGGACUGGCCUUGUGCUGGAGUCUGUCUGCCUGUCAAGCUGCUGAGACUGAGUCCCGCUUCAGUAGAGCAGAACUAUCUGGAAACGAGUCUGGGAGAAACUGGAUCAGGACCGCUGUAGAGUUCAGUCUCGCUUUGAGUCCUAAUGGGGCCGUUCUGGGUCUCGGAAGACCAGCCCUACCUGAAGAACUGGAAUCCGGACUACUUCUUUUUUCUAAAUGGAUGUCGAGUUUCAGCCCUGAGAGCCCUGAGUGCUCUGCUGGGCAAGAGGAGGCUUGACGUACGCGUGAAGGAUUUCCGCUGACGCUGCAAGAAUCACCUGGAGCCGACACGGGCAGCCUGCCAACACACGACGAGACACACACCACAUGUACGCGUUUCUGUGAAAUACUUCUGGUGUGUUUCUCACUGGGACUGGGAUGGGGACGGGGGGGGGGGUGUAUGUUAUUACAGGACUGUGUCUCAUUUGCCAAAUUAUGAUUUUUUUGCUCUUGUCCACACGCUCUCCCCCAAUGUGUGUGUGGAUGACUCUCUAUCCUCCCCUCCUUGAAGAGAUCACUGUUUGACUCGAUGAGUGCGGCUAUGGCUGCUCUGGUCAGUGUAGCUCAGUGACUACCUCAGUAAGGGGAGAGACUGAUAGACUCGUAUUUAUAGCGUAGUGUAUUUAAGCAUUGUGGGGUUCUUCAGGACUGUGAAGAGUAGUGUGUGUGUGCGUGUGUGUGUGCGGACAGGGGAGUGUAUCUGUGUACGGUUGCCUGUAAGCUGAGCCCUCAAUAAAAACCAACCAACCGACCUCCUGCCUUUGUGUUUUU